AUGAUCAUCAGCUUCCGUUGCUAUGGAGACGGAGCCCGCCCGCUUUGCAAUUGGGUGAUUUCUUCGGUGAUUUCUCAUUGCGCUCAAACCACUUUCCAGGUGUGCUCCCAUUGUAAGGCAGAGCAACCUCUGAAGCAGCGCCUUAAGAAGAAGCUUCAGAGGUUUGAUGAGAAGCGAGAGAAAUGGGUGGUUGGUCGUAAGAAAAACCACAACUCUGCAUCCAUCAAGGAUGAAGCCAGUGUCAUGCUUGAGAAACUCCAUGCCAUUGGCUACAAGCCAGUACUCCUGCUAGGAAAGGAGGACAAAAAAAAGAAAAUUAAGUGUGAAAUUGUAAUGCCACGCUGCACACUUUCCACAUUUGCCCAGGACUAUCUACAGAAGAUAGGCUCAUUGCAUGAAUACCUUUGUGAAGGAUGGACCCAAGAUUCCAAUGGCAAUGAGGAUCAGCUGAUUACUCUGCAGCUCAUACCCUGCGAGGCGAGCCCCACGGGGGGGCAGGUGGAGCAGGCGAGCCCCACGGAGGGGCAGGUGGCGCAGGCGAGCCCCACGGAGGGGCAGGUGGCGCAGGCGAGCCCCACGGAGGGGCAGGUGGCGCAGGCGAGCCCCACGGAGGGGCAGGUGGCGCAGGCGAGCCCCACGGAGGGGCAGGUGGCGCAGGCGAGCCCCACGGAGGGGCAGGUGGCGCAGGCGAGCCCCACGGAGGGGCAGGUGGCGCAGGCGAGCCCCACGGAGGGGCAGGUGGAGCAGGCGAGCCCCACGGAGGGGCAGGUGGCGCAGGCGAGCCCCACGGAGGGGCAGGUGGAGCAGGCGAGCCCCACGGAGGGGCAGGUGGAGCAGGCGAGCCCCACGGAGGGGCAAGCUGUCUUCACAGGGUCAGCCAGGGACACAGUCACAAGUCGCAAAAAUAAAACGUCAGGGGUACCAAGGCAUAUGCCUGAAAGGAAAAGGCAACAAAAGAAUUGCUCCUACCACACUCGCCUAGAGGUUUUCCCCAUCAAGAGUGUAUUAAGAGAAAGAGUGAGAAAGGGCAAAGCAGAAAUGCUGGUUGACUGGGAGCCCUGUCCAGUAUGUGGAGAGCAGUGGGCCCAUUCCUGGCAGCCAAAGGAUUCACUCCAAAAUAAUGAAAAUAAAUAAAGUGUAUGUUUAGAACUCUAAACAUUUUUGUUUCACCCUAUUUAUUAAAUUGUUUCUGUGCUGCAUUUGAUCUCAUAUCUCAUCUUUCUGUAGUACUGAAAAGGGGAACAUCUCCAAGAAUUUGACCUGGAGUUUAAUCUCAAAAGGGAAUGUACUAGAAAUGUACUUAAUCCAACUCAAUCUUCUUUUUCAGAUGUUAUUCAAAAGCAUGAUUUUCAUAUUUCCUAAUUAUAAAUUGCACUGUUAUUUUAUUACAGUUUACAUGUAAUUUGAUUUCAUGUUCUGUUUUCUGUUCUUUGAAAGUGAACUUAACCUCACAGUCCACUGUUAAGAAAUACAACGUUAUGGC